AUGAAAGACGAACUGGUGGUCCGAGCUGCAAAGAACGUAGAUUUGGUGCAACCCGUCAAAGUUGCGGGAUUUGUCAAGGCCAACAAAAGGCGAAUCCAGGUUUCAGAGCGAAAGCGGUUGAGAGACCGUCAAGCUUGCCCUGGCUUCGCCCGAGCGGCCACAGAAGGGCCCUUUGUUGCAGGUUCGAAAGAACGGGAAUCUUCCUUCACCGCCGUGGCCCAACCGUGCAGCUGA